GAAAAAAGUUGAAAAAAAAAUUUAAGCUCUACGGUGACGUGUUUUGCAUUCACUGCUAGCUUUUUAAUAAAAUUAACCAUUAACAAUAAAUGAGACUUUUUGUGUGUAAUUACAAUAAUUUUACUUAAAUGUGGUUAAUAAUUUAGCGAGCUUGUAUAUCAGCAAUAAAGCCAGGCCCCCGAGGCCUCGGAGUACAUUAAGGUUAUAGAUACGUAAUUCAAUUGUUAGAUAUUAUUAAAGAUAUAUGAAUCAAGUCAUCCUCUGUCUUUUGUCUGGUGAGAUCAACCAUUAACGAUUGUUGGAGAUUGUGCCAUGUGAUUGAUAGAAGAGUCUAAUUACUUAAUAAUUGAUCUACAUACAAUAAACUGUUAAUGAAGGAUACAAUUAAAAGAAAAGGCGCCUAAUGAUAAGCUUAAACGAAGGAUGCCAUGCGGAAGGCUGACGCCAAUAGCAGAGAGGUCAAGAUUGCGUGUUCAGUUUACCACAUUGAUACCCAAGAUAAUGGAGACCAGCUGGAGAAUAAUAACGAGAGUAAGGAGACAAAGAAAGAAAAGAAGACUGAGGUUGUUUCUUCAAUUAAAUUCAACGCUAAGUCAUUGACAAUUGAAAACAAAUCCCGAGAAAUUAUAAAUAAAGUAAUUCGAGCAAGCUCAUCAGUUCGUUCAAUUGAUGAAAAAUCUAAAAAAAAUGGAGAUGUUGUUCUAGAGACUUUACAAGUACCAGAUCCUGAGAAGCUUUAUACUAAUGAUUUUAGUUCUCAAGACUUCAGAGAUGAAGACAAAUUUCUUACUGUAAAUUCUCCAGAAGUUGUUGAUAAUAAAUUGGACAAAGAAUAUUUCGAUGCUGCAGCAAUAAUUGGAAGAAAUGAUAAAAGAAAAUCUAGCAUCACUAACAUGGCUAUUAGUUCUAGCAUUGCAGCAAGUCUGAUCGGUAUUUCUUCGCAAGUGCCCCGUAAUCUUGUAAAAAAAGAUCCCGAGCGAGGAUUCCACAGUGAAGCGCAGUCAAUAAAUUCGAUUUGCACGAGUAUCAGUGAUGACACAGUUCUCGAUGAAGCUGUCGUGGCUUCAAGCUGUCUUUCAGCGAGAAGAAAAUCGCGACUGCCGAUGCUGCGUCUUCACAUGCCGCAGCCGCACUCUUGGUCUAAUUUCAUCUCAGGAUCUAGUGAACCCGAUGAAUUGCGGUCUCAUACCAGUAAUAAUCACCAUCAUCAUCAUUAUCAUUUUCCACAUAUUCCUGUACCGACAAUCACAUUCACCAGCGACGGACCCGGUCGCAAGUUCAGCAUUGGCAUAAGACGUCACUCGCAGACGACUCUUCACCGGUCGGACUCGAUGGUGUCGUUGUGCUACCGGCCACUUGCCACUUACAUUACCGAGGACAACAUCAGUGCUCUUCAAAACUUUCUUGAGAAUAAAAGAGUACCUAUAGACGAUCGUGAUGAGAAUGGAAGUACCGCUCUCAUCCUUGCGGCAACGAAGGGUAAAAUUCAGUUCGUUCGCGAGCUCAUCAAUCAUGGAGCAGAUGUCAAUGCCGAAGACGCAGACAACUGGACAGCGUUGCUGUGUGCAGCAAAAGAAGGACACACCGAAGUGUGUCUGGAAUUGCUGGAACACGGAGCAGACUUGGAGCACAGAGACUUGGGAGGGUGGACUGCACUUAUGUGGGCAUCCUACAAAGGUCAUUUAGCAACGGUAACCCUGUUCUUGUCGCGCGGUGCUGAUGUUAAUGCUCAUGGAAAUUAUCACAUAUCAUCUUUGCUGUGGGCUGCUGGUAGAGGACACGUUGAAAUUGUUAAACAGCUAGUCGUUAAUGGUGCUAAAGUUAACGUUGGUGAUAAGUACGGGACAACAGCAUUGAUUUGGGCAUCAAGAAAGGGAAAUCUUGAAAUAGUAGACACUCUUCUGAGGGCUGGGGCUAACGUUGACACUGCUGGAAUGUAUUCGUGGACGGCAUUGAUUGUCGCGGCUAUUGGUAACUACAUAGACGUAGUUAUGCUGCUGUUGGAAUAUAAACCAAACAUAAAUGCGCUGGAUAAAGAUGGAUACACUGCAUUGGCAAUAGCCUCCCGAGAAGGUUAUCAUGAGAUAGUUUCGGCUCUACUAAACGCCGGUGCGUACAUUAACAUUCAAGACCGUGCUGGUGAUACUAAUUUAAUUCAUGCGGUUAAAAAUGGGCAUCGAAGCGUUGCAGAGGCACUUUUAAAAAAGCACGUGGACGUUAAUAUUGCUGGUAAAGAUAGAAAGACUGCUACGUAUAUUGCCGUUGAAAAGGGAAACACAGUGAUAUUAAAAUUACUAUUACAAGCAAAUCCCGAUCUUGAAAUAGCUACUAAAGACGGUGAUACACCGUUAUUACGUGCUGUUAGAUCGCGUAAUGGUGAAAUAGUUCAAUUAUUAUUAGACAAAAAUGCCAAAGUUCAAGCUACGGAUAAUAAAGGUGACACGGUAUUACAUAUUGCGAUGCGAGCACGCUCUAAAGCGAUAGUUGAAAUACUUUUGAGAAAUCCGAAAAAUAGUCAACUGCUGUAUCGUCCUAAUAAACAAGGCGAGACGCCCUACAAUAUUGAUUUGAAGCAUCCAAAGACAAUUUUAGGUCAAGUUUUCGGCGCCCGACGGCUCAACACUAAUGAGGACAACGAAAAUAUGCUGGGGUAUGAUUUAUACAGUAGCGCUCUGGCUGAUAUUCUUAGCGAGCCUUCUCUUUCAACACCAAUCACCGUGGGAUUGUAUGCUAAAUGGGGAUCGGGAAAAUCAUUUUUACUUAACAAACUACGAGAAGAGAUGAAGAAUUUUGCUAAACAAUGGAUUGAUCCUGCAUUCCAAUUCUCAACGUUACUUUUAAUUGUUAUUUUUCAUAUAUCUGUACUGAUCGGAGUUACUGUAGGUUUAACUUUGUUAUCAUGGAUCAUCGGUGUUAUAGUAGGUGCCUCAUUAUUUACUUUAGCUUACUCUGUACUGGGACUCACGUGGUACGCAAACAAGCAUUAUAAUUGGCGAUGGCCAUGUAAGUUCAAUGUCGCACUGACAACUAAGCUCAAUUCAUUAAGACUAUUACUUCAAGUAACAUUUUGUCAUCCUCCUGGUAACCAAUUAAACGAUGGCCUAACGAUACAGCCAAUUAAAUUUUACUUCACCGAUCAAACACGGGUGGGAACGACAGCUGCUGGUGAAAAUGCGGUUGUACAAAUGGUCGGAUCACUUUACGACUCAAUAGAAAAUGAUUUUGGGUCACUUGUCACACGGUUGUAUCGAGCGUUUAGACCAAAACCUGUUAAAUCAACUACCAACUGGAGGUGGAGGCAUCUCUGUUGUCUGCCUUAUAUUGUUAUUUUUGAAUUUUGUUUUUUUAGCUUUCUUGUAGGCAUAUCAGUAGUGACAAUAUACUUUGUAGACAGUUACAAUCAUAUAGAAACGAUAAAACCUUUCACAGCACACAUUAUUAUGAUAACUGUGGCGCUUUUAUUAGCCUUCAAUGUCAUUGCCAAUUUGUAUACGUGGAGCCGAACAUUUAGAGCAUUAAUAUUCUCUCAGAGGAGACAUUUACAAAGAAGUAUUGCUAAGUUGGAUACACUUAAAAGUGAAGGAUUUAUACAAACGUUAAAGUAUGAAGUUACUUUGAUGAUAGAAAUGGUAAAGUGCCUGGAUAGUUUUACUGCUCAACAAAGUAGACUAGUAUUAAUUGUUGAUGGAUUAGAUAGUUGUGAACAAGACAAAGUAUUACUUGUUCUUGAUGCAAUGCAAGCACUUUUUCUCGACAAUGGUUGUCCGUUUAUUAUAAUCCUUGCAAUAGAUCCUCACAUAAUAUCAAAAGCUGUGGAGGUAAACAGCCGACGACUGUUUACUGAAUCAAAUAUUGGAGGUCAUGAUUAUUUACGGAACAUGGUCCAUGUGCCUUUCUAUCUACAGAACAGUGGACUGCGUAAGGUUAAAGUUGCACAACAAACAGCACAACACUACAACAAAAAGGCGACCUGGUACGAGACCGAGGAGAGCGUUAAUUAUGCGACAACAAGUACGAUGCAUCCCCCGGUAUCAAACAGACGCUUGAGCACCGAGUCGAGUGUCAUGAAUAGCAAUGAGAAAUUAAAACCACCGAGUCGUAAAGGCAGCAGAAAAAUGAGACUCAGUGAAUCAAUUGCCAGCAGCAUUGGAAGCAAUUUAAAUCGUCUGGGAGGCGCCCAAGAUUUAAACAAAAUGCUGCUCACUGAUGAUUACUUUAGUGACGUUAAUCCACGUAGUAUGAGACGUUUGAUGAAUGUUGUAUAUGUUACUGGGAGAUUAUUGAAAGCAUUCCAAAUUGAUUUCAACUGGUAUCAUUUAGCCAGCUGGAUCAAUAUUACUGAACAAUGGCCUUUUCGUACGUCAUGGAUAAUUCAUUAUUAUGACAAAUGUGAAGAGAUUGAUGACUCAACGUCGUUAAAAGUUUUAUAUGAUAAAGUGCGGCCACAUAUACCAACACUUAAAGAAAUUCAACCACUUCUGGAAAUAGAUCGAGAUGAACGUAAACUCGAUGUAUUUCUCACUGUUCAUCGCAGUGAUCUUCUUGUCAGCGAUUUGAAAAUAUUCUUGCCAUUUACAAUAAAUCUUGAUCCGUAUAUUAAGAAAAAAAUAAAAGAGGAACAACAGACUUUAGAGGAGGACAAUCAUUUUGGGAUUUAUAAAAAUCCGUGGCAAAAAACUGCCAUCGAUCCUUGGGUUUCUAAUCGGACUAAUUUGACAAAUCGCCAUGCUAAGCUUACUAAAGCUCCGAGCUUACAGGGAUCAAACUACCCUCCUCCACCUCCUAUGUGGCCAAUGGCUCCGAUGCCUCCGAUGGCUUAUGACUGGAGUCAAACUCCCUGGAUGUCAAUACCGCCUGUUGAAUUAAUAAGUAAAUCAUUAUCAGCUACCACGACCUUACCAGCAGAGAUUCUUGAAAUAAAGCUGUCAAGUUUGUCGGUUGAUAGUAUUUGUGAUCUUUUAUCUAAAAUUGAUGAAUUAAAUCCAAAUAAUCUCGAGUCUUACAAGAGUUUAGUCAGAGAAAAUAAUAUCACUGGCAAAGUUUUGUUACUUUGUGACUUGAUGGAAUUGAAGCAGGUACUCAGAAUGACUUUUGGUGACUGGGAAUUAUUCCGUAUAGUGAUUAUUUCAUUGCGUGAGCAAGAACGAACGUCAUUUACAACGUUUGAAGAAAGUUCACGUAGUGUUCGCUUUACAGUUCAACCAGAGAUUAAUCGCAAAGACCCCAGAGAUAUUCAGAGCAGUAACCAGAGAGUUCUCACCCAUGUAGAUAAAGAAAAAUCAAUAAGUAGAACAGAUGGACCACCAAGACGUGAAUCCUCAAAACAUUCUAUAAUGGAAAAGCAGUUCCAGGUAACUCUAGAGGAACAGAUGAUCUGCGGAGCCCUUCAAACCUUGAACGAAGAAGCUUGCGAAGAUGUUUUGAAUGUACCAUCGCCUAGCGUAGUACCACCACCCGACUCACUUCCAGGUGGGCGAGCACGAUCAGUUAGUGUCACAACAGCCCCUGACACAGACUACGUCCUUCUGCAACCGUCUCCUAUUUACCACUGGGUCCCAGUACCCGAUGAGCCUGAGAGCUCAGACGACAGUUCUCAAGGCUCGACGACUCAAUUACAUCGAUCAAGCUCACAGCGAAGUGUCACCUCCCAGCGAAGCAUCAGGUCUACUUAUUCUGUCGGGAAUCGCGGAAAGAAGAAACCAACAACCAGCACUGCCACCCGUCCAACCUCGCUCCGGAUAUCACCAACAGCGUCACCACGACCCGCUUAUCGUUCCAAGUCGACUGACGAGUAUCCCACCAAUGAGAGCCAGACAAACAGCAAUAAUAUGAGACACUCGACUCCGACAAUUACUGAUGAAAUAAGAAUAAUAGUACCAACCGUAUCUACGAAUUUAGAUAAAUUAAGUAAACUCAAAGACCGUUUAAUAGGCACAACUUCUUCAAGUCCUUCGUUACACGCUUGCGAAAGUGACGAUGAAUCAACACCGCUGGUGUCUGAACUCUCAACACCCUCACACACCCAAUCCGACAGCGUUUUCACCCACGCAAUGAGUCCUGGAAGUGAUGAUCAAUCGCCCCUUUCUAUGAAAAGUUUGCCGCAAACUGGAGAACACGCUGUUGAUAUGGAGUACUGCGAUUCCAUAGGUCUUGUUAUCCAUGAGUCGGAUAUGAAACCGCUGUCACGACAAAAUGCUGAAGACUGGGACAAUCCAGAGACACCGGUGUAACACGAGUACAAUAUUUUUUCUUUUUUUUUUAAAUUUAUUUUUUACUGUACAUUUGUUAACUUGAUAAGAGUACGCAUUAAGGUAUUUGACGGCUUUCAAAAUUUCACUGUUGAUAAGAUAAUUUUACAUUUAUAAAUGUACUAUGAAAUUACUCGAAUAUUAAGUAAUAAGCACACGAGGCAUUGACAUAGUUAAUUUUUUAUUUAUUUAUUUUUAUUUUUUUCACUUUUAUCAGUAGUUUAAUUUGAUGUUAAUUACCUCGAAAACUGAUUAUUGUACAGAAAGAUAAGUUGAUGAAGUUAUUGUUAAUUAUUUGUAGCUAAUGCGAAUUGAAUAUAAUGGUUUACGCUAUUGAGACUGUGAUUGACAGUUAGAAAAUAUGAAAAUGAAAUUAGCAGACAUCUGACAAUUUAAAAAUUUUUUUCAUUAAAUAAGUUAUGACAAAAAAAAAAAUUU